AAAGGAGGCCAUGGUGACAAAUCACCCAGGAGCAGCUUGCAGGUCUCAGAGCUCAGCUCAAGUGGAAACAGACAGUGGGGGACUCAGCUAACCACAGGCAUUCUGCGGCUGAGAUCUGGGUCUGUUUGUAUUAAUAGAAACAGUUGGUGGAGGUCAAAGGAGGUGGUGGUGACACAAGACAACAUCGGGGCCCGGCGAUGCCCGACCCGGCGGCGCACCUGCCAUUCUUCUAUGGCAGCAUCUCGCGGGCCGAGGCCGAGGAGCACCUGAAGCUGGCAGGCAUGGCCGACGGGCUGUUCCUGCUGCGCCAGUGCCUGCGCUCGCUGGGUGGCUACGUGCUGUCCCUGGUGCACGACGUACGCUUCCACCAUUUCCCCAUCGAGCGCCAACUCAACGGCACGUACGCCAUCGCGGGCGGGAAGGCGCACUGCGGCCCGGCGGAGCUCUGCCAGUUCUACUCUCAAGACCCCGACGGGCUGCCCUGCAACCUGCGUAAGCCGUGCAACCGGCCGCCCGGACUCGAGCCACAGCCUGGGGUCUUCGACUGCCUGCGCGAUGCUAUGGUGCGCGACUACGUGCGCCAGACCUGGAAGCUGGAGGGCGAUGCACUAGAGCAGGCCAUCAUCAGCCAGGCCCCACAGGUGGAGAAGCUCAUUGCCACCACAGCCCACGAGCGAAUGCCCUGGUACCACAGCAGCCUGACUCGCGAGGAGGCCGAGCGCAAGCUCUAUUCCGGCCAGCAGACCGACGGCAAGUUCCUGCUGAGGCCCCGGAAGGAGCAGGGCACAUAUGCACUGUCCCUGAUCUAUGGGAAAACUGUUUACCACUAUCUCAUCAGCCAGGACAAGGCUGGCAAGUACUGCAUCCCCGAAGGCACCAAGUUUGACACGCUCUGGCAGCUGGUGGAGUACCUGAAGCUGAAGGCGGAUGGACUAAUUUAUCGCUUGAAGGAGGUCUGUCCCAACAGCAGCGCCAGCGUGGCAGCUGCUGCACCCACCCUCCCAGCCCACCCAUCCACAUUCACUCAGCCUCAGAGACGAGUGGAUACCCUGAACUCGGAUGGAUACACCCCUGAACCAGCACGCUUAGCAUCACCGACAGACAAGCCCCGGCCGAUGCCCAUGGACACAAGUGUGUACGAGAGUCCCUACAGCGACCCCGAGGAACUCAAGGACAAGAAGCUCUUCCUGAAGCGAGAGAAUCUCCUUGUGGCGGACAUCGAGCUUGGCUGUGGCAACUUUGGCUCAGUGCGCCAGGGAGUCUACCGCAUGCGCAAGAAGCAGAUCGACGUGGCCAUCAAGGUGCUGAAGCAGGGCACAGAGAAGGCUGACAAGGACGAGAUGAUGCGAGAGGCCCAGAUCAUGCACCAGCUUGACAACCCCUACAUCGUGCGGCUCAUCGGAGUGUGCCAGGCGGAGGCGCUCAUGUUGGUCAUGGAGAUGGCGGGAGGCGGGCCGCUGCACAAGUUCCUGCUAGGAAAGAAGGAGGAGAUCCCCGUGAGCAACGUGGCGGAACUGCUACACCAGGUGGCCAUGGGCAUGAAGUAUUUGGAGGAGAAGAACUUUGUGCACCGCGACCUGGCAGCCCGCAAUGUUCUACUGGUCAAUCGGCACUACGCCAAGAUCAGCGACUUUGGUCUGUCCAAAGCACUGGGUGCUGAUGACAGCUAUUACACGGCCCGGUCUGCAGGGAAGUGGCCUCUGAAGUGGUACGCGCCAGAGUGCAUCAACUUCCGGAAGUUCUCCAGCCGCAGUGAUGUCUGGAGCUACGGGGUCACCAUGUGGGAGGCCUUCUCCUACGGCCAGAAGCCCUACAAGAAAAUGAAGGGCCCCGAGGUCCUGGACUUCAUCAAGCAGGGUAAGAGGAUGGAAUGCCCGCCGGAGUGUCCGCCCGAGAUGUAUGCACUUAUGAGUGACUGCUGGAUAUACAAGUGGGAAGAUCGCCCGGACUUCCUGACUGUGGAACAACGUAUGCGGAACUAUUACUACAGCCUGGCCAGCCGGGCCGAGGGACUCCCACAGUGUGAACAGGUGGCCGAGGCCGCAUGUGGCUGAGCCCCAAGCCUCCCUACACCCUCUGUCCAGGAUGGGCUGUGUUCAGGAGCCCAAUUGACUGUCCCACGUGAUUCUCCCCGCCUCAUGGGCUGGGCUGAUGGGAUAUUGGUAAACAUCACCUGUGGGCUGAGAGGAUGUGCGCCCCCAAAGUCUCCUUCCGCUGUUUCUGAGUGGGAGCCCAGAGUCCUCCAGGCGUCACUGUCAACAUCGGAAUAAACUCCACUUCUCUUUGCUG